GAGGAGGGCCCGUCGAGGAAGGGCUCGGGGAAGCAAGAGACGGAGCAAGAACGCGCCGCCGCCGCCCGCCGCCUCCUCGACGCCGGCGUCCUCCUACGGCUGCCUGCCGUUCUCCCCCAGGUUUUGCAGUUGUGCUGAUUUUAAAGCUGUGUGCUCCCUCACAUGAAUCUAGUGGUCAGUCAUUUGACUUGUGUUGAACCUCAUUACUUCGUUAAAACUUUAGUCUGUUUCUACAUUGAACUUUGUGCUCAGUCUUUUGUGCACUGAACUGUCCAUGGUAGAUAACCUAGCGAUCGAUAUGUAGCAACUGUCUAUUAUUGAUAGAAGCUACUCCAUGUUCUAAUGUUAACCUGUGGUGCAAAUAAGCGUUGCUGUACUGUUCCAUCUUUAAGGGCCAUAAUUAAAUUAGUUCUAGAUAUUGGAUUAUCGGAUACUUUGUUCAAAAAAUGUGUCCUUCAAAAGCUAAAUAUGUAUGGUACACUCGUUCGUACCAGUGUCUCUUUGGAAAGAUUGUUUGCUGUUGUGGACACUACAAUUGUUUUAUUUAAGAAGCUUUCAAUUUUUGACUGUUAUGUCAAAUAUCAGGCAGAUUGAAUUAUAUCCCCGCUCAAACAACUUUGAACAUGAAAUAAGCUAAUGUUGUUAAUACGCCUAGAAUGGAACUAACACUAACUACUUUCAGCUCAUGCUAAACACGUGCUUUUUUUUUUACUACUGACUUUGUUUUAGUUGCUACUACUAGUUCUGUUGCAGAGAGCAUGCAACAGCAGCCUAAACUGAGUAUAUAUCAUUCUCUCUCAUUUUCUAUGGUAUAGAAGUUAAGAGGUUGAUGGGUCUACUGUGCCUCUUUUGCCUGUACUAAUGUGCUCUCAAGGAAGUAGUUAACUAGCAUUUUUUUUCUCUCUGUAAAAAAACAUCAGUGCCUAGCAAGUGCCUAGUCUGUUUGAUACAUCUUAGUAGCAGUAGUGCAUGCCAAGGUCAAGUAUAUACUACUACAUGUCAUUUGUUGAGGUGAAGUUUAUAUUCUGGCCAGCUUUCCUUUGUACCUCUGUUCUUAUCUUUUCUUGGUCACAAACAUGUGCACGGCUGUUACUUGUAAUAAUGGAUGGUAUAAAUAAAAUUUUGUAAAUCUUGAUAGUAGUCGCAUGGAAAAUGUAUUUUUUACUUUGUGUGUACAAUUGGAGGGAGUACUCAAAAGAAGCAAGCAUUUUACAUUGAUGCAUGCCCAAGCUUAAUUUUGGUGAAAGAAACUUUUCUGCUGGGGAGUUUGGGAUGUGUUACCAUCUCUUCCAAGUUUUCUAUAUUAAAUGUCUAAUUCUCAGAUUUUUUUUGAAGGUCCUAAUUCUCAGAUUGGUAGUAUUAAACAUCUUGUUCCGUAAACUGCACUGAGCAUGUCGAAUAGUGGCAGCUUAAGAGAUGGUACAUGAAACUGAAAGAACCAUGUUAACUCGUCCUCACCUCAGACUCUCUCUAGCAUAGUAUCUGCUGUGACAUAACCACUUUUUUUUUGCUGUUUCUUUACCUUCUUUCAUGUUUUCAGAUUGCUACCAGAGUAAAAUCUAGUGUCAUGUUUUACUUAGUCGAACUUCUGAGGAUUGGGAGUGCGCUUUUUGUUCUGUGCGAAUGGAAGUCUUAGAUGGAUAUAUUUUCUUUCGCUUUGGUAAGCUUAAAAGGCCCGGAUGGCCAUGUAGAUUUGGGCAUGUUCAUGUGCUACAUUCAGGGAAGAGAAGUUCAGGUCAUCCCUUCCCUUAGCCAUGCAGAACGGCUUGCAGAUUCUGAAUCUCUUGUGCCCUGCAGAAUCUAAGUUUCUGCACUUGAGAUUUUCUUUGGCCCUGCAGAAUCUAUGCAAAAUUGUCUUGAUGGAGUACUAUCUUAUUAGCAAAUUGCUUUAGAUAACCAGUCCCAUUUCUUCAGUCUUGCUCGCCUCGCAGAACCCUGACAAAACCCUAGCCGGUCUCUGCCGGGUGCCGCCACGUCCACCAUGGCCGCCGCCGCACAUGGAGGAGGAGGAGAAUUUAUGAGCUACGCCGACAUCGAGGAGCAGUUCAACAACAUGGCACUGGAGGGUCCGUCCGCGCAGGACGGCAUGGUCUGCAUCGUAUCCCUGAUCAUCUCCUGCCUCCCCCCACCCUUGGUCCCCGCGCCCGAGGCCGACGACUCCGAUGACGACCACUUCUCCCUCACCUCCUCUGACUUGGAGGAUGCCGACGCCGACGGGCCCGCGCAGGAUGGUGACGGCCAGGACCACUUCAGCCGCCUCCCGCGCAACCUGCUCUCCAACAUCAUGUCCCGCCUCCCCACCAAGGAAGCCGCACGCACCAUGGUCCUCUCCACCCGCUGGCGCUGCGUGUGGGCGGCGAGCCCGCUCCUUGUCGACGACGGCCACUUCAGGGCCGCCGAAGGGCACAGCGUCUUCGAUGCCGUGCGCGGCAUCUCGCUCUGCGUGGCCGCUCACCCUGGCUCCAUCCGAGCUGUGCGCAUCACCCGCACCUCCUUCUACGAGCAGGAGUACGCGCUCCAGCGCCUGGUCGCCGGCCUCGCCGCCAAGAAGAUCCAGGACCUCAUCCUCUUCAACCGCCCCUGGCCGAUCAACAUGCCGCUCCCCGAUGAUAUCCUCAGAUGUGCCUCCCUCAGCCGCCUCUACAUAGGCAUCUGGAACUUUCCGGACAUUCCCACCGCUCACCGGCCCGCCUUCCCAAACCUGCACGAGCUCGGCCUUUUCCACUCCAUGGUCGAAGACAAGAAAUUCAACGCCUUGCUCGCACACUGCCCUGAACUGAAGAUCCUCUCCUUUGCCCUCUCGUACAACUACCCUUCGUGCCUCCGCAUCAAGUCCCGCAGCCUCCGUGUGGUAUUGGAAUGGGUAUGCACCUUUGAUAAAAUCAUUGUUGACGAUGCCCCCUGCCUGGAGCGCCUGCUCUUCGAAAGCUUUUCCGAGCGGAGGAGGCCCGUCAAGAUUGUCCAUGCGUCCAGGCUGGAGGUGCUCGGGUUCUUGGACUUCCAGCUCCACGCGCUCGAGAUUGGCGGCACCGUCAUCAGGGCUGGGAUGACUAUGAAAGAUGGCGCCAUGCUGCCAAGUUUGAAGAUACUGGCUGUCAAGGUGCGGUUUUCGCACGACAAGGAGGUCAAGAUGCUGCACACUCUGCUCAGAUGCUUUCCUUGCCUCGAGACGCUCCACAUCAUGUCCAUUCCAUCCUGGUCAGCUGAUCGGGGCGAUUGUGCUGAGGCCUGGAAUCCCAUGGGCUCUUCCAACUGCUUCUCUCAUCUUAAGACGUUCGUCCUCCAUGGAUUCCGAGGCCUGGACCGUGAGCAGUUGUUCGUCAGUUACAUACUGGAGAAGGGGAUAAAGACCCUGGGCAUUGUCUGUGGUGACAGUGAUGGUGUGCUAGUGAAGGGCAAUGCACCAUCAGGUGGAAGCAGUGGCAGUGGUAUAUCUGUUUGCCCCGCCACCAGUUGCUGGAGCUUUCAGCACGCCAUCAACUUGUCAGUGGAGGACCCCUUCUGCGUGUUGAGGCGUGACAAGGCCCGCAUCGCUUCUUUUGCUGAGGCAAUGAGACUCUGCGCUAGUUUGGGUUGUUGAUGAUGGUUACUUAUGCUGCCGUGUUUUCACACCGACAGGCUUACUUUACUGUGCCAAGGAUGUGUUAGCUACCUGUUCAUAAUUUUGCGGUGAAGUGAGAAGGUGAAGGUCUGGGAAGCUACUUCAUAAUGUUGCACUCUUGAGUUCUCUAUGGGGUUGACCAUUAGGAUUAUGAGUGUGGAAGUACCUUGGCUGUAUGUUGUUUUGGGCCUCUUCGGCUGGUAAAAGACCUAUUGGCAUCCGCAUUAUAUCUCUUGCUGAUAUCCUGAUGUUA